GUGUGUGUGUGUGUAUGUACGAUAACUUACCUCCGCCGUACGACACUCUCCCUCCGGUGACGUCACAAGCCACACGUCAGUCAGCAAGAUGGCAGAGGACGGGCCCUCAAAGUGUGACAUCGAGGCCGUGUUUAAGCGGCUCAGAGCCAUCUCCGCCAAUAAAGUUUGCUUUGACUGCAGUGCAAAGAACCCCACCUGGGCCUCGGUCACCUAUGGCGUGUUCAUCUGCAUCGACUGCUCGGCCGUUCACCGCGGGCUGGGCGUGCACCUCACAUUCGUGCGCUCCACCCAGCUGGACACCAACUGGACAUGGCUACAGCUGAGGAACAUGCAGCUCGGAGGCAACACCAAUGCUAGAACCUUCUUCCAGCAACACAACUGCACCACCUCGGACGCGCAGCAGAAGUACAACUCCCGGGCCGCCCAGCUGUACCGGGAGAAGCUGUCACAGAUGUCCCAGCAAGCCAUGAGGAUUCACGGGACAAGGAUGAAGCUUGAUUCUGCUGAAACCCAAGACCUGGCGGGUCCUGUUGGCCUGACCUCCCACGGCUUCAGUGCUUGCGGGCACCCCGGCCGCAAGGGGGUGAACAUUGACGGACACACUGAGCCGCAGGAGGAGAAGAAGGAGGUGGACUUCUUCGAGGACCACGCCAACCUUGCUGUCCCUCCCUCCCCCGACGUCCUCUCCCCUCCGGCUUCACUCUACUCCACUCCCAAGAGUGCCAACCUGAACAAUGGGACGGAGGACAGUGGGGGGGCACCCAACGUGGAGGCAGCGCUCAACAUGACCCCUGGUGAGGCACAAAGGCUUGCCGCUGAGCCCCGCAAGUCCACCAUCGGCCAGCGCAAACCUGCCUCCAAGGUGGACAGCAGUGGGUCAUCCCUCAAGCUUGGUGCCAAGAAGAUGGGAGGACUUGGUGCCCAGCGCGUCAAAAAAGACUUCAGUGCAAUAGAAAAAGAGGCAGCUCGCAAUGACCAGCUAAAACAGGAGGCCAAGCAGUUGUCCAAAGAAGAGCAGCAACAGUCCUUACAGAGUCUGGAGCGAGCCUACGAGGACAUGAGCCUAGCUGGGAAGCGCGAGGAGGAGAGGAUGAAGAGAACUGACCCCAAGAAGGCACAGCAGGCGGAGAGGCUGGGCAUGGGGCUGGGCAUACGGAGUGGCGCGUCUCACAGUAUGUUCGGGGAGAUGAAAACGAUUAACCAGGAGAGCCCCUCAGGUGUGAAGUCGUCCACCCUGGGCAACAACAACACCACCAGCUUCAGGGACGAGGAGAUUGAGGACGACUUUGAGACUAUCAUUAGGUUUUCCUCGGGCCCCCCAAAGUACCGGGACAGCCCCUUCGAAGACCAGGGUAACUUUGGGUUCUCAAGUGGCAAGGGUCCGGGGAUCGACGACCUGCUCAACAACAAGCCUUCUCUCGCCUCCUCCUGGGAUAACGAGUUUGACAAGACCAACAACUCCUCCUCCACCACCACAUCCACGAACCUGAGCAACCUCUCCACCAGUAAAGUUUCAGCCUCGGCCAACUACAAGUACACCCCCGUCGAGGACAACCAGGCGCAGCAGAAGUUCGGCAAUGCUAAGGCCAUCUCGUCCGAUAUGUUCUUCCACGACCGAGACCCCAACAGUGAAGUCCGCUCCACCCUGUCCCGGUAUGAAGGCUCGACCUCCAUCUCCUCGGCAGAGCUCUUUGGGAACGGCCAGACUCAGAGACAGAACUACAGCGGUGGAUCCCUGCAGGCCCCAGACUUGGACGAGGUGCGUGAGUCCGUGCGGCAAGGGGUGACCAAGGUGGCCGGUCGCCUGGGCAGCCUGGCAAACAACGUCAUGUCCUCCCUUCAGAGAAAAUGAUGACACGGUUAGACUAGACCGCUACCUCUAACGCCCUUGGACCAUGCAGUGAUGUGGGGAUGUGGCGCCUCUUCCUCUCAUCACCUGUUUCAUUCCUUCAUUAUUAGUUGUCUUAGAGAGAAAAAAAAAUCUGAGUAUAUUAUCCAAAGAGAAUCACAGCACCUGACUGAAAUUAUUUUAUUGUUUUCUCCGUACUUAAGAAAUUUACCGAUAUACAAGCUUUCCGUAUCACUGCUUUUCUCUGUUUUGUCUACCGUUGUUUUGUUGUGAUAUAGCACACAUCUGAGUUUACUAUUUAUAGUGCAGUUGAGGAUUUGUAUUAUAUAUUUUAUUUGAUUUUUAUUUCCUUUAAUCCUUGUUGUUAGUGUUUGUACAGAGGAUUAUGACUGUAGGUAAGACUGUUAGGUAUUUAUAUCCGGGGGAGGGGGAGGAAGAUAAAUUACCAAGGGGAGAAAGAGAGUAAACUGUUGAUGGCUUUAAGCACUUACCACUUUCCUGGUGAUGAGGUCUGGUCUUGUGUGUGGCAGAGGGUCGUGGCUCUUUGAUGCAGAGGAGGCACUGGAGUGGAUGCAUUGAUAUUACCAGCAUCAUGGACCUAGGCUCAGGGUUUACAUCUGGACAUAUUAACUUAGCCUACCUGCCAUCCUUCGCUUACUAGCCGUCAGGGAACACAGCAAUCGCCUCUGUGUUCUCUGGUGUCUAUUGGGUGGCCAGUGAUGUCAGUCUUGGAGCUUUCAUUUAUCACCGUCAUGCAUUUCCCAUUGUCGAUGUUAGACAUUUUAUAAUUUCCCGAAGUCUUUGUAUCAAUCAGAGUUUUCUCCGCUCACCCCUCAGCGUGUAGGGCCGUGAUUGUCAAAUGCCUUUAUUUUUUUAGACUGAAAAUUAAAGUUUGAAGGGCGUCAGUAUUUUAUGUAGUGUUUCAUUUGGCGUGUGAUGAGUUAAUGGGAUGUAAAUAUUGGCCUUUGCUUAAACAUUGAAAUUUGAUUUAUUAUGAGUAUGUGUACAGUUAUAAGUCUUUCAUGUUUUCCAUUCCUGUGGUUGAUGAGUAAUGAGCCUUAGCAGCUUGCACCUCUGGGCCAGACAGACUGUGUGAAUCAUUCCUUGGUGGCCAGCAGCACACAGCCUCCUGGCCCAGCAUGUGUGUGUUGAGAGGCAGCCCUUGCAGCGCCUCGGAGAAAGAAGUGUUUCUACGUUAAGGAUGGUAUUAACCUACUUGUUACUUUGCCUUUAUAUUAAUUGAAAAUUGGAAAGGGUUAUACUGAUCAAAAUUCUGUGCCAUCUCUAUAAAGUUUGUACGUUGAGGAUAUAAUGUUUUUAGUCAAGCUCAUUUUAGUAUUAGUCAUUUUCCGGUAUUUAUCUGGUAAUCAGAGGGAUUGGGAAUAAAAGGAAAUUUUGA